AUGUAUAAGAAAACAGCAAAUCGACAAGAACAAAUGGACAAAAAGAUUGAUACUAAACAAGCAAAAGAUAGAGGGGAUAGUCCCAAAAAGAUAAACGUUAAUCUUGAUAAACUAAACUUGAAUACCAUUUACAAUAACAAUGCUAGCAAAAAUGUUUUGUAUGAUAGAGGAGAUUCUAAGAAGCCAAAAAAGGAUUUACAUACGAAAUAUGAUGGAUCUAAAAACAACAAAGCUGUGGAAGUAAAUAGCCCUGUGAAAGCAGUUACAAAUCUUACUAAAAGAAAUAACGAAGUGUAUGAUGACAGUGUAUCCCAAAAUCAAAACAAAAUUUUUAGUGAAGUUAAACCGCAACCGUCAAUAAAUUCUAAGACCGUCGAAUGGAAAAAGUCUCGGGAGAAGAACAUUAUAAAUAAAAAGCCACAAUACCAAAAAACGAAUCAAAAACCAGAUCACCCGACUGAUCUUGAUUUGAGAAAAGCUAAAAUUAAGGAAGUAAUUACAAUUCCUUAUAAGCCAUUAGAAGACAUUGUAAUUCAAGAAAUAGAGGACGAUUCAACGGGACAGGAAAAUCAAAUUAUGAGCUCAACCUCUUCAAAAAUUAGCACAAUGAAAAUUUCAAAAGCGGUUUCAUUUAAAGAUCCUUUAAAUAUUUCUAAUAUAUUGGGGAGUAAUCAUAUAAACACGAGAUAUUUGGAUGCGAACUCCAAAAGGCAAGUUGUAAUCAACAAGACAAAAGUUCAGAAUACACUGAAAACAUCAAAACGUCGUCGAAAAAAGAAGAAUAAUUCUCAAUCGUCCAACGAAUCCGACAUCAACGAAUUCCCGCCAACGAAAGUUGCGCAAUGGGCGCCAUCUUGUUUAACCAGUCACACGCGGCCUUAUUAUGAAGCGUGGGUAGAUACAAGUGUCACCGCAGUCUCGAGAUGUUCCGAAAAAGAAAAAUUGAUGAUCGAGAAAGAGUUAAUUAAAUCAUUUCAAGAAUCAAAGAGACCUGUAACUCCAGAAGAGAUGUACGGAAACUUUAAUGUUGAAAAGUUUAUGGGAAGAAUUAUAGUUAGACAUAGACAUCUUGGUGUGAAAUCAGAGAUGUCAAACCAUUGUUCUGCAAAGUGA